UGCUGCUAAUCCUCUGUGGCAGUGUGUUGAGGUAUAAAAGAGCCAAAACCAAAUGCCAGGCUCACAGUCCUCAAGAGAGACCGCACAUCUACCACACACAGAGCCAUCAUGUCUGCAGGUGGAGAGAAGUCCUCUAAGCCCUGUGCUCAGCCGGACGGUAAGGCUGCUCAGGGCAAGAAGUCUGAGAUGGGCAUGAUGUCCUACAAGAUGUGCGUAUUCGAUCAGGAGAACUUCCAGGGCAGGUGUGUGGAGAUCGGCGGGGAGUGCAUGAACGUGUGCGACAUGGGAAUGGACAGAGUGCGCUCUCUGCGAGUCGAAUGCGGCCCGUUUGUGGGCUAUGAGCAAAUGAACCUCUGUGGGGAGAUGUACAUCCUGGAGAAGGGAGAGUACCCUCGCUGGGACUCCUGGAGCAACUGCCACAGGAACGACUUCCUGCUGUCCUUCCGGCCCGUCAGGAUGGACCCUGAGAAGCAUAAGAUCUGCCUGUAUGAGGUUGGUGAAUUUAAGGGGCGUAAGAUGGAGAUUGUGGACGAUGACGUUCCUAGCCUGUUCUCCUACGGCUUCACCGACAGAGUGGGCAGCAUCAUCGUGAGCUGUGGAACGUGGGUGGGGUACCAGUUCCCCGGUUACCGUGGCAGCCAGUACCUGCUGGAGAAGGGCGACUUCCGGCACUUUAACGAGUAUGGCGCCCCCUGCCCGCAGUUCCAGUCCGUCAGGCGCGUGCGGGACAUGCAGUGGCACCCGCACGGCUGCUACACCAUGGCCAGCCAAUGAAGGAGGAGCGAGAGGGAGGGGGCGGGACAGGGAGGCCAGGGGGCAGGGUUAAGGGAUGGCAGAGGACAGCACUGUAACCCAGGGGUGGGGGGAAUACAGAGGGGCGGAGCUUAGUGGAUCACCUGGUAUAGACCUUGCAGCCUGACCCCGCCCCCAGAGCCCUUGUUGUGAUUUAUUCUAAGGAGUGAUUCAGAAGAUUCAGAAGUGUGGAAGAACAAAUAGCGCCCCUUGCCUGAAACUCAAUGCAGUGCUGAACAGCCUGCAAGUGUUCAGAAAGCCCUAACUCCAUCGGCCAUAACAUAGUCAAACGGCAUAACGCAUCAUAUAAAUAUUAUUAUUUAAUAUCAUUUUAAAUUAAAGGAAAUUAUGCUGAGUAGCAAGUCCCACUGAAAUAAAUGUAAAAAGAGGAGGGGCCUGGUCUACCUCUCCCUCUUUCCCUUCUCCUCAUUCUCUCAGGUCUCCCUCCAUUCUGCUUCUCUCCUUUCCUCCUCAUCCCCAUCUUGCUUCUUUCAUUUUUCUCUCAUUCUUUCCUCUGCAGUCCCAUGCAGAACCAGAGAAAGAUCUAGAUGUUUCUCUGAUGACUGUCAGGUUGGGCUGUAAUAUUGCAUGGGGCGGGGGGGCGGGAGUUGGGUGGACUUUGCUCAGUGAAAACAAACAACAAUAACAGCAAACCUGUAAUCACAGUCCUGUCCCUUUCCAAUAAAACAUUUGAUUUUACCCUAA